GGCUCCCGGCAGAGCCGUGCUCUCCCUGAUGCACGGCUCCGGAGCCCGGCGCCCCGCUCGUGUCCUGGCCGGCAGCGCCUCGCUGCUGCUGCCCCUGCUCCGAAUCCUCGGGCCUGCAUUCUGCACCAGAGGUUGCAAUGUAUCCCAGGAUUAAAAGCCUUGCACUUUAUGCCUUUUCAGUCAUGCUGCUGGCAUCUCUUUUUUACAUCAGGAGAGAAACGAACCUGCUAUCGUCACCAGUGGACCAGAAGGUGGAUGUAGCAGAUCCCAAACCUUUGGUUCCGGGCAAUGCUGAACCCAGCAAAUGUUUGCCUGACUUGGCCGUUGCCAAUUCUUCUCUCUCCCUCCCAGAGCUUCACCGCAUCUUCCUGACUUACAGGCACUGCCGAAACUUCUCCAUCCUGCUGAAACCUUCCAGGUGUAGCAAAGAGACCUUCCUCCUGCUGGCCAUCAAGUCUGCCCCAGUCAAUAUAGAACGGCGGGUGGCAAUCAGGAACACGUGGGGCAAGGAGGUCUCCAUCGGCGGCAGGCGCAUCAGGCUGGUGUUCCUUCUGGGGCGCUCAGAGGCCAGAAACCAGGUGCAGCCACUGCACCAGCUGCUGGCUUAUGAGAGCCAAGAGUUUGAUGACAUCGUGCAGUGGGAUUUUGUUGACAACUUCUUCAAUUUGACCCUCAAGGAGCUGCAUUUCCUCCGCUGGUUCGUGGAGGACUGUCUGAAGGCCAGUUUUGUGCUGAAGGGUGAUGAUGAUGUCUUUGUCAACACUUACAAUAUUGUUGAGUUUCUCCGGGAUUUGAAACCUGAACAGGAUCUUUUUGUUGGAGAUGUGAUCGCUAAUGCCCGGCCCAUCAGGAACACAAAAGUCAAGUACUUUGUUCCUGAGUCUAUGUACAGAGCUUCCUUCUACCCUCUGUAUGCAGGCGGAGGGGGCUACGUGAUGUCCAGAACCACAGUACAACGCCUCCAGAGCACUGCAGAGGGCAUGGAGCUCUUCCCCAUCGAUGAUGUCUUUGUGGGAAUGUGUCUGGCAAAGAUGGCAGUGGCCCCAAAGAACCACGCUGGCUUUAAGACUUUUGGGAUCCAGAGGCCUUUUAAUCCUUUCGAUCCAUGCUUGUACAAGGAACUGAUGGUUGUGCACAAACUAAACCCAACUGAGAUGUGGAUCAUGUGGACGCUGGUGAAGGAUGACAGUAUUAGGUGUGCGGUGUCAGUAACACACAGCCACAGAAGGGGCUGGAAGUGAAGCUACUGCUGAGCACAGCAGCAGCUGGCUGUUAACAGAUACAGGGUACUUAAACUAAAAAUCAGGUUGUGGUAGAAAUGUUUUCUACUAACAGGUUAUACUUGAGCCAUGGGGUUUUGUUUUGCAGUCGGUCUUUUUCUGUCAGUAGGUUACUGAGGUGGUUGAAUUGUCAUGGGAAGGGCUGAUAGCUUGGAGAUGCAGCACAGGAACUUGGCUUGCUUCUUCCUGGCCGUGCUGGAACCUGGGUGAGCCACAGCUGCCACAGGUGAAGUGAAUGAAGUGCCACCUCCACUGGAGGCUCGCAACACUGAGACUGGUGUCUAAUUUGUUCUCUUGUAGGGAAGCUCGUGAUGACUAAUGAGUGACUAUACUUGAAAUUAAUCUUUUGAAAUCAAGGCAAGGGUAGAACAGAGGCCAGCAUAUGCUGCUGUGUGCACUGCAUUGCAAAUCUACUGUCCCAGAUCAGCAAUCCUGCAGGUCCCACAGGACAGCAGGAGAAAGGGAAAGGAGUAGGAAAAGGAAAGCAAGGCUUGGAAACAUAGUGCCUUAACACAAAGCUAUCACAGUGAUCACCCAGUGAUGUGAGGGACUGGGCUGCAACUCGAGCCGUUUGAUUUUACAGAAGGUUAUUACAGGCUGACUUGCACUGGAAGCUUUUGCACACUUUCUGAUUGGGUUUCAGAAAAGUGUGUCCUGAGUGGUAGUAAAGCAUGGUGGCUGCAGCUUUUCAGGCUGUGUGGGAGAUAUUUGGGAUUUAUUUAGUUUGUUUGGUUCUGUAACGUUGAGUAUAAAUAAAAUACAGUUUUGAAAAUGUU